AUGACUAAUGAAAAUGCAUGUAAAAGUGUAUGGAAUAAUUUGUUUGGCUCUGUAAAUUCUGGAAUUACUUGGACUUCUUCACAAAUUAAAUCGGCAUGUCCUCCGAGAAAGAAAAAAGGCAAAAAAAGACUAGAAAAUGGAGAAAAAUUAUUGGAUGAAGAGAAAAAAGACAUUCCUCAAUCAGAAUCCUCACUUCCAAAAAAAUCAUAUACAUCUCCUAGUGAAAUCUGCCCUGCUGUUGAAUCUUGUUGCUAUAUUAAAAUGCAGGAUCCUUGUAGACCAUGUUGUUGCGAAGAAACAACAAAACCAUUACCUUGUCCACCUAAACAAGGUCCGCAAAAACCACGUGAAUCAGUAUGUGGUUGUGAACUUUGUCAGAAAAAUCCAGACAACGAGAAAUGUUGUGACAAAAAUAGAGCUUUCCGCGAUAUAAAUAUCGAUCGUGAAUAUUUCGAGAAGGCAUAA